AUGUCUACUUCCAAGGUCAAGGCGGGCCAAUUGUGGUCCAAGAACAAGGACGAGCUCACCAAGCAGUUGGGUGAGCUCAAGACGGAGCUGGGCCAGCUUCGCAUCCAGAAGAUCGUGUCCUCGGGCAGCAAGCUCACCAAGAUCCACGAUAUCCGCAAGUCGAUCGCCCGCGUCCUCACCGUCAUCAACGCGAAGCAACGUGCUCAGCUCCGCCUCUUCUACAAGGACAAGAAGUACCUGCCCCUUGACCUCCGGGCCAAGCAGACUCGUGCCAUCCGCCGCCGCCUGUCCCCCGAGGACGCCUCGAGGGUUCUGGAGAAGACCAAGAAGCGCCAAACGCACUUCCCCCAGCGGAAGUUCGCCGUCAAGGCUGCAUAA